GGCGGUCCCUGAACGCAGCCGCACAGGAGGAAGGAACCCUGGCAACGCUGUCACAAAGCUAACAGUGCUAAGCCCUCUGAAUGCAUCAGCUUUGUCAACAUGCACCUCAGUGGUUAUCCGGGCUGUCUACCAAUUGAUCGACACUUGGUAGCUUCAUCAAAAGCGUGUUAACAAAUUUACAAUGGUAUUUUUUAACGAACCAAGCUAGCCCAGCUUUUCCCCCCCUCCCCUCCUCCCUCUCUCCCUUCGUCGUAUAGCUACAAUCAUUUGACCAGCUUAACCAGAGCCGAGCUGUUGUUAGCUCAAGCUGGUGAAUAUGGCGAUUGUGUCUGGCUCCUGUGCCAGGGUGAACGGGUCUAGAAAUGGGCCGUCUGUGUCCGCUACGCCUUCCGGAUCCGUGGGACAGUCUCAGCCCAUGAUUGCGGUGUGGGAAUGGCAGGAUGACCUGGGGUAUUGGCGGCCUUACAGCGGCCAAGUGAGCGCCUACAUCGAGCGGUGUCUGGCACCGCGGGGACAGAGAGGAGGAGGACCCGGCUCAACGAGCAUCUGCCUCGGACAAUCAGACCCCAGCCUGUCGCCGUAUCUCAUCGACAUACCGAGCUUGAAACAGUUUCGCCAGGACACAGGAAAGACACGCUCAGUACGUCGGUCCCUGUUCGCCCAGUCCUCAGGCCUCGGCAGUGGGGUCUACUGGGAAUGGGCCAACGACGAAGGAGGAUGGACUCCGUAUGAGACUCGAACCUCUAUCCUCUUGGAGCACAGCUAUCAGGCCCGGCAAGGCACGGCAGACUUGGGCCCGCAUGGAUACAAUUACAUAGUGGAUCUCACAUCUCUGGCCCAAGUUAACAAAUCCACGGGUUUCAGACGGCAGGUCCGACGGCAGUGUAACCUCCCCUACCCCCUGGCCUCCUCCGGCCCCCCAGCCAUCCCCUCGGGCCCCGCCUGCUCCUGCCAGCAGUGUUUGAGCCACAGCAGCACAGGACCCAUGCCCAGCCGUUCACGCCAUUCCUUUUCAUCGGGCAGUCUGAAUCGGCCCAGCCUCCAAGGGCCGGGAAGGGCUGUAGCAGCUCACCCCACUUCUGUCUAUUCGCCAUACCCUAGGAGACCCCUCUCUGUUGGGGGAAUGUCCUGGGGCAGCCCCUGGCCUCCACCGCCCUCUGGUAGUCACCCGCCGCUUCUGACCAGCUCCACCAGUGCCAACGGGUUAAGUGUUCCUUCCAUCUCUGUGCAGCUGAACGGAUCCACCAGUGUAAGCUCUGCCCUGGCAGGCAUGGCCUCCAUUUUGAUGUCAGCAGUGGGACUCGGCGUGCACUUCACCACUGCCCCCCUCCCUCAGCAGCAGCAGCAGCAGCAGCAGCAGCAACAGCAGCAGCAGCAGCUACAGCUACAGCAGCAGCAGCAGCAGCAACCUGCUCCUUUCUCUCUUCCUCCUCCUCUCCUCCCCCCAGCCAGCAGGCCCAGCAAGCCCCACAGCAGCAGCAGCAGCAGCAGCAGCAGCAGUUCAGUUAGGAGAGCAAAGAGGCAGCACAGGAGAGCCUCUGCUCAGAGACCUGAGGAGGUAAUUCAGCGCUACAUGGAAGUAGUGGCCGGUGUACCGGAUGAGGACUGCAUUAUCUGCAUGGAUCAACUGUCCAAUCCGUCCGGCUACGAGACACCCGCCACAGAGGAUGGGGGCCAGAGCAUCCUCCCAGACACUGUGGGGAAAUUCAUCAAGUGUGGACACACCCUGCAUAUGCUCUGCAUGCUGGCCAUGUACAACAACGGAACAAAGGACGGCAGCCUGCAGUGCCCGUCGUGUAAGACAAUCUACGGAGAGAAGACGGGCACCCAGCCCAAAGGCAAGAUGGAAAUUUACAGCAUCGCCCAGUCGCUGCCGGGCCACCCGGACUGUGGCACCAUCCAGAUCAUCUACAGCAUACCACCUGGCUUACAGGGCCCGGAGCAUCCCAACCCGGGACAGCCGUACACCUGUAGAGGCUUCCCGCGCUUCUGUUUUCUACCGGACAACGACAAGGGCAGGAAGGUACUGGAGCUGCUGAAGGUCGCGUGGAUGCGGCGCCUCAUCUUCACCGUGGGAACUUCCAGCACCACCGGCGAGCCCGACACGGUGGUGUGGAACGGCAUCCACCACAAAACAGAGAUGAUGUCCAACUUGUCGGGCCACGGCUACCCCGACCCCAACUAUCUGGACAAUGUUCUGUCUGAGCUGGCCUCUCAGGGCGUGACAGAGGACUGCCUCAAACCUCCAGGCGGUGGCGGUGGCGGUGGUGGCGGCGGUGGCGGCGGCAGCAGCUAGGUCGCGGCUAAGAGCUUCACACACACACACACACACACACACACACAGACACACACACACACACACACACACACACACACACACACACACACACACACACACACACUUCCUCUCACUGCUGACCACUGAAUUUAACCCUUGAAAAUCCACCUGUGUUGCCAGGUGGACCUCCUGCAACCUCUGUUUGUCGUUACGUUAAUGUCGGCACCUGCCCAAAUCUCAUGGAGUGAGGAAAAGGGGGAGGACGGGGGAGGGGGAGUGAGCUGGAUAGAGGUCUUAAAGAAUGCGAAGUGGAGUGCUUUGCUGAGAAUGGUUCAGGCUCCACUGCAUUCCUGCUCAUCACCGAUUCCAGGAGACAGAACUCAGAGAGAAGAAUGGGGCUCCCUCUCACUGAGCCUCAUUUAUCAAACCUCCACUAACUGGAGUCGCGCUUUUUUUUUUGUUGUUUUUGGGGCGGGGUGUUUUUUUUUUUUUCCCGUUUAGAGCCUCAUCUGUAUCCCACCGCGUCGAGUUGCCGUGAGAAUGGCAGCUCGCAUCGGGGAUGAAAAUCUCAUUAAGCACUUUAGUUGUGACAGUGCAUUUAGCUGACAAGAUGUGGGGUUUUUAAAGGGCAGUUAACUUGUUUUUAAAAUUGGGGAGGUUAUGCAAUUAAAAGUGUUUCUGCUGAAAAAAACCUUGGCGGUUUGCGCACGAAGACACUGAAACGUCUAGAAGCAAAGUGAGUAUAUAUUAGCCUAUUUGAUGAAAAGAGGCAAUACUUGUACUAAUGUAAAUAAAAAAAAAACAUGAAACAAGAAUAUUGUAAAAAACAAAUACAAACAGGUUGUGUCCACAAAUGACAAAUGAGAGUAAAGUUUUUAACAUUGAACACUACUUCUAAUUUGAUCCAUCUUUCUGUUCUAUUUGAUUCCCUAGCCCUAAUUCGAUAAGCAGAUGUCUAAUGCACUCACAUUUUGAUUUAUUCAUGUUUUGACUUUGCAGUAACAAAGCCUCGGGGUGUUCUGCAGCCAUUGUUUAUGUCACUUAAUAUGUUAGUUUGUGUUGCCAUGUACGCGGGAAGGGACAAGGUUACAUCGUAUAUAGCUCGACGACCUCAAUCCUUUUGUCUGAAACAGAUGGGGAAAAAAUGGCUGAGAUUAAUAAAAAAAAAAAAGGAAAAAAAAAAACUCUGGUAAAGAACAUUUUACAGUGUGACAAUCAAGGUCAUCGAACUCGUCUUGAUUAAACAAGACACGUGAAGCGGCGGCGAGCGGGUUGAUGUUCCCGCCGGCUGCAAACUCACCUCCUGUAUUCACAUGCAUUAUUCUGCUCACAGUACUGCAGUACAGUUGCUGAACUGAGUCUUGACAUGUAUACAAGCAAAACUGAAAAAAAAAAAAAAAAAAAAGUCUGCAAUAAAUACAGAAAUAAAGCAAAAUGAAUCCUGAAA